CAUGGCAGCCGCCAAGUCAAAGUUUCAGUUACAGAUUUAUUUAGAUGUUUUUGAUUAAUAUUUGUUUAGAUGUUAUAGUUUAACGUACUAAAUCUAUAGACUAUUCAAGUCCAUUAGGAAGCUUGUCAUCUAAAUAGUUAAUUAAGGUGACAAGAUGUCAUCAAUGAAAGAUAACCAGGAUUUGGCAUGUUAUUUUAUAACAAAGCACUCAUGGAAAGGGAAAUAUAAAAGAAUAUUUUCAGUGGGUACACUAGGCAUAACAACAUACAACCCACAGUCAUUGGAAAUUACAAAUCAGUGGCCCUACAGUGAGUUUGUUGGUAUUGUACCCAAUGUGAAAGCUCCAGGAAAUAAUGAAUUUAUCAUCACCAUUAAGAAAGGACCAAAAAAGACGGACACCAUGAAGUUUUCAACGGACCACAGAGCUGACUUACUUACUGAAGCACUGAGAUUUAGGAGCAAGUUUGCUGAAGUGACUCAUACCCCAAAGAGGUUUAAUGCAUUCAAGCAACACUGGUCAGAGUCAAGAGUCCCUGUGAUCUUGGAGGUCAACCAGGCCUCAUUGGAUCAGAUAGAUCCAUCAACCAAUAAGAUUCUUUGUUCCUAUGACUACAAAGAUAUGGAAGGACUGAUAUUGAUGUCAGGAGAUUUACCUGGUGGUGUAUGUGUAGCUCACGGUGGAUUUACACGAUUGCAUCUGUUUGCUCUAGAUCAGCGGGAAGCUUUAAUAAAAGGUGUAAUGGAGUCAGCAGCAGCUUAUGUAGGAAUCUCUGUUAAACAGAGAAAAGACCCUGUUGGUUUAGAUCAGUUUGCCACUCAUAGACUAGGCAAAUACAGCAAUGAUGAAGCCCUGACAUCCUACACAGAGUUCAUGGUUCAGAAGAUCUCACCACGCCAUUCUGAUUCCGUCAGACGGACACUUUGUUUAACAGAAACCUGUUUGGUUGAACGUGAUCCUGCUACAUACAAUGUAGCCACAAUAAAACCUCUCUGUGAUAUAUUUGCCAUUAUUAGAGACCAAGAAAACCCACAAAAAUUCAGCGUUGAGUAUGUUAAAGGUGCAAUAAGAACUUAUCAGUCCACUGACAGGGACGCCUUAAUUGCCUCUGUCUUGGAUGGAGUCAGAGCGUCUGGAAAUAGAGAUGUUUGUGUGAAAAUGAAAUUUACAUCUAGAGGUUGUCGUCUAGGUCCAUUUACAGUACCCGUAGAUGAAGAAGUAGAAAGUCAACAUUUAAAAUUCUUCUCCGUAACACCAGUUGGAAUGACCUUUGAUGAAGUAGUGUCCAGAUUUAACAGUAACAUUUCCUACAGUGGACUUCUCCAUGCUGUAACUCAAGAUGGUCUGUUUGCUGAGAACAAAGAGAAACUGAUCAAUGGGGCUUUAUCAGGUCUACUAGAAAGAGAAGGAGAUCAAACAGUUAUAUCGUCUGAGUCAUUAGAAGCUCAGUUCUCAGCACUCAGGAGAUUGGUAGCUUCAAAGGCAGGCUUCCAAGCUUUUACAAGACUUCCAAGAAUGAGAGAGAAAGUUGGUGUGAAAGUAGUAAAGGCAAUGAAGCGUAAAGACCAUGGUGUGACACAUGCAGCUGUAGAUAUGUUGUGUGCAUUAAUGCAGCCUAUGCAUGAUGACUAUGAUCUCAGACAAGAACAGCUGAACAAAAGUUCCUUACUUUCAUCCAGAAAAUUCUUAGAAACCCUGUUGGAAAUGUUUAAUGAACAUGUGGUACAUAGUUCAGGAGCAUUAGUGAUCUCAGCCAUGUUGGAUUUCCUAACAUUUUCCCUUUGCUCUCCCUACAGUGAGACAACAGAUGGGGACCAGUUUGAUAAUUUGUUAGAGACAGUGGCUUGUAAUGGCAGAAUUGUCUUCAAACUCUUUCAGCAUCCUUCUAUGGCCAUUGUUAAAGGGGCCGGUCUGGUAAUGAAAGCAAUCAUUGAGGAGGGUGAUAGUGAGAUAGCAGCAAAAAUGCAGGAACUAGCCUUAGCUGAAGGAGCUUUACCUAAACAUCUCCAUACAGCAAUGUUUACACAGAGUGCAGACAACAGGAUGUUAACAAAUAGACAGCUGAGUCGUCACUUGGUAGGAUUAUGGGUAACAGGCCAUCCCACAGCAAUGGGUCUGCUGAAAAGAGUUGUACCUGGAGGAUUGUUGUCAUACCUCGACUCUGAAGAUGAAGUACCUGUUAUAGAGAAUGACAAACUUAAUGUUAGAGAUAAUCUCAAGCUGGCACAAGAUAUUCAGAACAAAAACAGACGAAAUCCAAACAUAGUGAUGAUAGAAAAGAAAGUAGAUGAAUUUCUUCAGCAUUGGAGAGCUAGGAUUGGCUUACAGAAACAAAAACAGCAAAAUGAUAUAAAGCCAGUGGUCCUGAGGAAAAGACGAGAGAGGAUUAAAAGUGAAGCAAAUUGGCAAUUGUUUUAUUACCAUUUCAACCGUGACCAUGCAAAACCAAAUCUGAUCUGGAAUUACAAGACCCGAGAAGAAUUACGGGAAUGUUUAGAGAAUGAAAUGAGAGCUUUUGCCGUAGACAAGGAAUUAGGAGCCAAAUGUGUGAUAGGCUGGAAUCAUAAGGAAUUUGAAGUCCCAUAUGUCUGUCUCAGUGAUGAAAUUAAAAUAGGUGAUUAUUAUCUACGCCUGCUACUUGAGGAAGAUGACAAUGAAUCAGAAGAAACCAGUGCUAUAAAACGAUCGUAUGAAUUUUUCAAUGACCUGUACCAUAGAUUUUUAUUGACGCCAAAAAUUCCCAUGAAAUGUAUGUGUCUCCAGGCUAUGACUAUUGUGUAUGGGAGAUGUCAUGAAGAGAUCGGAGCAUUUAAUGAUACAAAAUAUAUGGUUGGAAUGCUGGAAAGGUGUACAGACAAACUGGAGAGAGAUAGAUUAGUUUUAUUUUUACAGAAAUUAAUUUUGCACCCAAAAAAUGUGAAGGAAAUUAUGGAUGCCAAUGGAAUUAAAGUACUGGUUGACCUCUUAACCUUAGCUCAUUUACAUACGUCCAGGGCAACAGUCCCAUUACAGAGCAAUGUGAUAGAAGCUGGAGCAGACAUGAAGAGAGAAACAGAGAAAGAAUGGUAUUACGGAAACAAAGAUAAAGAAAGACUAGGACCAUAUAGUUUUGAUGAGAUGAAAGAAUUGUGGGAUGAAGGUGUAGUUCAUGCGAAGACCAGAUGUUGGGCGCAAGGAAUGGACGGGUGGCGGCCGUUACAGUCUGUGCCACAACUCAAAUGGACAAUACUGGCCACUAGUCAACCAGUCUUGAAUGAAAGUGAUCUGGCCUGUUUAAUACUCAAUAUGUUGAUCAAAAUGUCUGGAUACUAUCCAAGUCGGGACUCUGAUGGAGCAAUAAUCAGACCACUGCCAAGAAUUAAUAGAUUAUUGUCUGACCCAGUUUGUCUUCCUCAUAUAGUUCAGUUGUUAUUAACCUUUGACCCCAUUUUAGUGGAGAAGAUAGCCAGUUUAUUGUAUGACAUUAUGCAGGACAAUCCAAACAUAUCCCGUCUGUAUCUCACAGGUGCUUUUUAUUUUAUGAUGAUGUACACUGGAUCAAACGUUUUACCUGUAGCCAGAUUCAUGAAAUAUACACAUGUUAGUCAAGCAUUCAGAUCAGAUGAGAAAAAAAGUUCAGACAUCAUGAACAGAAGUGUUCUUGGUCACAUAUUACCAGAGGCCAUGGUAUGUUAUUUAGAGAAUUACUCUGCAGACAAAUUUGCUCAGAUAUUCUUGGGAGAGUUUGAUACUCCAGAAGCUAUCUGGAACACAGAAAUGAGGCGACUUAUGAUAGAGAAAAUAGCUUCACACAUUGCUGACUUUUCACCUCGUCUCCAAAGCAACACAAGAUCGUUAUAUCAGUAUUGUCCAAUACCAGUCAUAAACUAUCCACAAUUAGAAAAUGAACUGUUUUGUAAUAUAUAUUAUCUCAAGCACCUCUGUGAUCAACAAAAAUUCCCUGACUGGCCUAUUAAAGAUCCGGUUAAAUUAUUAAAAGAUAUAUUAGAAGCCUGGAAGAAAGAAGUAGAUAAGAAAGCACCGACCAUGUCUAUAGAUGAUGCUCUGACAGUUUUACAUUUACAGAAAGGUGUUGGAGGUCAUGAUGAGGCAAAGAUAAGAAAAGCUUACUUCAAACUAGCCCAGAAAUACCAUCCAGAUAAGAAUCCUGAGGGCAGGGAUAUGUUUGAGAAAGUUAACACAGCAUAUGAAUUUUUAUGUAGUAAAUCCAGAUUAAAAGAUGGUCCGGACCCACAGAACAUAGUGUUAAUACUUAAAGCCCAGUCUAUUUUAUUUAAAAGGCACAAGGAAGAAUUGCAACCAUACAAAUAUGCUGGAUAUCCAAUGUUGAUCAAAACAAUAAGAAUGGAGACUAAUGACGACCAACUGUUCUCAAAGUCUGCACCAUUACUGGCAGCGGCAACUGAGUUAGCAUACCAUACUGUCAACUGUUCUGCCUUAAAUGCAGAGGAGUUACGAAGGGAACAUGGUAUUCAGGUGUUACAAGAAGCUUUUGACAGAUGUAUGAAUGUUCUCAAUCAAUCAAGUAAACAUGAAGAUACAGCAGUACAGGUGUGUACACAUGUGGUGAAAUGUUAUGCUGUAGCUUCACAGUUUGAAGGAUGUCGAGAGAAGAUCCAAGAAAUACCGGCCAUUAUUAAAAAUAUCUGUAGAAUAUUAUAUUACAAAAACCUGCCAAAAUUGUGUUCUGAAGUCGCACAGUGUAUAAGUGCCUUUUCUGUGGACUUCUGGUUGCAGACCAAUCUCUUCCAAUCAGGUGUGCUCUACCAUUUACUGCUGUACUUGUUCAAUUAUGAUUACACAUUAGAGGAGGGAGGUGUAGAGAAGAGCGGAGAAAGUAACCAACAGGAAGUUGCCAACCAGUUAGCUCGUCUUUGUGUCAGAGCUUGUGGUCGUUUGGGUGGAUACUUUCCAGAAGCCUCAGGACUAGAAACACCAGAAAAUGUUCCUGUCAAGAAAUCGUUGUCAGCUAUAUUGACUCCAUAUUUAUCUAGAAAACUGUCUCAAGAAAACCCAUCAGAACUGCUAAAAUAUCUGAAUUGUAACACAGAGAAUCCAUAUCUUAUAUGGGACAAUGCCACUAGAGGGCAGUUAAAUGAAUACCUUAUGGACCAACAGCAAAAUGUCAUAAAAACAGGAGAAUGUGAUCAGAACUACGGAGCUGAUUUUGUUUACGAUAUCCAUGCCAAAGAAUUGAUAGUUGGAGAAAUAUUUGUUAGAAUUUAUAAUGAGCAGCCAACUUUUCCUUUAGAUAAUCCCAAAGGUUUCACAAUAGAUCUCCUAGAUUACAUGGGAUCUCAAGCUCAGUAUCUACACUCACUUAUGAUGCUACAACAACAAAGUCAAAAUUCUAGUCAAACUAAACAAGGAGACCGUCUUCAGCAUGUAGAAAUGGCUUUAGAAGGUCUACGUAAUGUUAUAAAAAAUAAUCCAGGUGUAGAAAUACAGUGUAUAGGACAUUUUAAAUUACUAUUCAGUCUUCUUAGAUUAGAUGAUUGUGCCAAAUUACAACAAUGUGCUCUCGAGGUUGUAAACAAUGUAACCACCAACCAGGAGUGUGUGAAUGACAUUGCUGCCUCUGAAGUGUUGUCUUAUUUACUGUUAGCUAUUAACAUGCUUCAGAACUGUCGAUUACUAACCCUUGAAAGUUUAUUUGCUUUAAUGUCCAAUACAAAGAUAGUGAAAGAAGCUAUGGCGAAAGGAGCUGUGAUAUAUUUAUUAGAUUUAUUUUGUAAUUCAACUAAUCCAAAUGUGCGCGAAAAGACUGCCGAACUUUUAUCAAAAAUGUUAUCAGAUAAACUUGUUGGACCAAAGGUCCGAAUAGUGUUGUCCAAAUUUCUUCCUCCAAUAUUCAUGGAUGCCAUGAGGGACUCACCUGAGGCUAGUGUUCAUAUGUACGAAGGAACUCAUGAAAACCCUGAAUUAAUCUGGAAUGAGGAAUCUAGGGAUAAAGUGUCAGAUGUUGUGAAAAAAUUGAAAAAUAAUCAUUUUAAAGCUCAGCGAGAGAAUCCAGAUUCUCGAUGGAGUCUAAGAGAAGAUUUUGCCGUAGUUUAUACAGACGUAGCAGGGGAGUUAACUAUUGGUGGUGUCUUCCUCCGAUUGUUUAUAGCCAACCCUGGAUGGGUGUUACGGAAACCAAAAGAAUUUUUAACAGAGCUGAUGGAGAAAUGGGCAGAGCUAACAAAAAUGCAAAAUGCAGAUGGAGAAGUACUGGAAACCGUGACAACAGCAAUAGUUUAUUUGUUUACCUCACAACCUGUAAUGCUGGAUCAACUACCACAAUUAGGUUACAUUCCAAAAGUGUUCACCGCCAUGUCACAUCGGAACAAUGCAGUACCACGCUCAGCUAUACAAGUGGCUCAUCAGCUUGCUCAUAAUGAGAUAUGUAUAAGAAGUAUGGCACAGAUAGAAUGUAUAGGUGCUUUAAAAGUUGGUAUGAAAGCUAGAAGAGAUUCUAUAGCCCUGGCAGCUGAGGCAUUGGGUAAAAUGUUUGAUAAAGGGGAAGAAGAACUUGUUUCACAGGCUUUAAAAACAGAUUUAGUUCCAUUCUUGCUAAAACUACUUGAAGCAGGACUAGAAGCUAUAGAUAAUCCUUCAGCAACAAAAGCUCAGAUUGUGAAAGCUCUGAAAGCUAUGCAGAGAAGUUUAUUAUAUGGGGAACAGAUAACUGGUAUAUUAGAAAAGUCGACUGUAUGGCGAGAUUACAAAGAUCAGAAACACGACCUAUUUAUAUCAGAUACACCAAUAGCAGGCUACCUAACAGGCCCAACAGGACCAAGUGUGGCUGGAUAUCUAACGGCAGGAACAAGGUCCACAAUGCCGGACCAGCCCCCACCAACAGAUAAAGAAGAAAGACAUAAUAGUCUACUAGACUAGAGACUCAG